AGCGCCCUGGCUCCGCUGGGCCCUGGCCCCUUGAGGGAGUAGCGAUGGGCGUGCCGAAGGCCCCAAAGCUGCCACCCCCGGCCCACUCGCACGAAGCAGCAGUUCAGGGGCUCAUCUCCAGAGGCCUUCCCAUCUCAGACGUCCUGGAUGUUGUGCUGACGCCCCGGCCCAGCACUGCGCCAGGGGGCUCUGCGCCUGCAACCCCGCGCCCAGUGAUGCGGGGGCCGAGAGCGCAGGCUGGCACCUGGAAGGAGCUCACCCCCCAAGAAGAGAAGACCAUCGAUGCUGCCUUCAAAAAGUUCGACAAGUAUCACAGCGGAAAGCUGGAGAUCCACUCCUUCUUUGACAUGUGCCGCAGCCUGGACCUGCACCUCAACGCCAAAGUCGCGCGCGAGUGGCUGGGCCAGUUGAACAAGGUGGAUGGCUUGACGCUUGAUCAAGUCAAGAGCAUUUGCACCAGCAUCUUAGCUGCGCAAACCCCCGCGGUUCGGAGCUGCACCGCGGGCAAGGCGCUGGGACUGUUCGACCUCCAGGCCAGUGAGGAGUACAUGCGGGCAGCCUUCAAGAAGUUUGCCCCCAAGGGCACGGUGAGCGCUGAGGGGCUCAGGGAACUCUUGAGGUCCUUGGACUUUCCAGAUGUGCACUGCGACCACUUUGACCGCUACUCACCUCUCUAUGCCAGAGAGGAAUCGGGGUGGGCGAAUGGCUGCUGAUUGUUGGCAAGGACGAUGAGGCCCCCAUCAACGUGCAUGAGUUCAUUUCCUGUGUCAACUUGCUGGUAGAUGUUUGCCAGAGGCAUCAGGAGGCCUUGGAGAACGAGCUCGAGAAAUGAACGAGCCAUGCAAGUCCUGCUGGAGCCUUCACUUGUCAACCAAGCCGGUGCGAAGAACGCAAUUGGCGCGAUGCUGCUAGGGCAAAA